CUGCAGAUGUAUCUCCUGUCGCACCAACACAAUGCAACGGCAGACGAGAAGCGCGUCCAGCGACGCACGCAGGACGGGAUGGCGGCGUUUAUACCAAGAUGGCUCAAAAUGCGGGCCCAACGGCUCGGGCAGGGUAUCUCUGGGGACAGGAUGUCUGCGGCAUCGCGCUAUCGGUUACGACCAGCACCACCUGGCUAUCAUACCCUCCCCUCGGUUGAGAUUUUCAAGGCACAGGGGUCCGGCCAGAGUGGCAGAAAAGACAAAGGGAGGGGAGUCGUGUGUCGGUGUCGACUUCGCAGGGUAUGUAGUACAGAGUACACACACAAACAAAUACACCCCAAUUACGGAUACACCGUACAUAAUAGCGGUGGGGUGUAG